AUGAAUCUCGUCCAUCUAAGUACCACUAUUUUUGUAGUUGAACGAUCCCUCCGUAUCAUAAUCUUCACUGAGAACAAGAUCAUGGAUUAUAAUAGGGGAAAUCUCUUACUCUUUGAAAAGCAGAACUUCUUCGGCGUUUUCAUAGUCGUGAACGCUCACCACGAGAUGUUGGUGGAUACUUCUACCGGAGAGACCAAGAGACGAUGAUGAUGAAUACGUUGUGGCGAUCCGCCGCUCCGUUUAGUCUUAGCGCCACUUGACGCUCGCACUGAUGUUGUUUCGAAAUUGAACAUUUAUUCUUCAAGCUUACACUUCUUCGACGUGAAUGUAUGUGUAUGUGUAAGUCAUGGUGCUGUAAGUCCUCAUGAGUUCAUGCGACCCCAAGGGUGUCCCCAAAGAAAGAUGAAUCAAUUGAACAGAAAAUAAUAUCAAAAUAAACUUCUCUCCAAUCUACUUCAUUCGUUGAACUUUUACUGCACACAAUCACAAGAUCAACUGGUCGUGCGUACAAAAACCAAAAAUGAGAUGUAGUAAGGACUGCACA